UACAGGAACGGAGGGAAACAACAAAAUACGAAUUUGUCUUCUUGUAGGUCAAGCCGUUACCUGCCACCAGCGGGGCACUGGAGUCUGUCGAAGGUAAAGUGGGAAUAAUAGCCACAACAAUGGCUCUGUCACAGUGCCUCGAAGACUCACCUCUGAGAUUGGGUCCAAAACAAACCGGGGCCGGAGACCUGGACCUGCAGGAGGUCUACAACGAGAGACACCGGUUGGCUCUGGAGGAGCUGCUGUCCGGAGGGCUCGACAACUUUCUGGACUUCCUCCGAAAAGAGAGGAUCCCCAACUUUCUGUCUGACGAUGAGAUCCAGGGGAUCAGGGGCACCGCCGUGCCCCCGCGGUGCGUGUCAGUUCACGGGGAGGACCAGGCGCUGGAGCAGUCGCUCAGCAGCUCCCUGGACUGCUCCUCCGUCACCUAUUUCCCCGAGGUGUCGGACGUGGAGCCGCCGCUGCUGGAGAUGGGCUGGCCCGCCUUCACCGCGGGGUCGUACCGGGGAGUCACACGGGCCGUGGCGCACUUCCAGCCCAGCUAUGGGGAGUGCAUCUACAGCUGCAAGGAGGCUGCCAGGCGUAUGAUUAAAAGUGCCAGAGAGGUGAUUGCCAUAGUCACAGACUCCCUGACAGACCUGGAUAUCUUUAAGGAUCUUCAGGAGGCAUGUUCCAGACGCAGAGUCCCUGUGUACAUCCUGCUGGACCAAUCAUGCGCUCCCGCUUUUCUCAAGAUGUGCAGAAAUGUCAACGUUUGCCUGGAUGACCUUCGGCAAAUGAAAGUGCGAACCAUAACCGGUACGACUUAUUACAUGAGAUCCGGAGCGAGGAUCACUGGGAGAGUUCAUGAGAGAUUUAUGCUGAUUGAUGGAAACAGAGUAGCUACAGGUUCCUACAGGUUCAACUGGACCGAUGGCAAACUGAACAGCAGCAACCUCAUCGAGCUUUCCGGCCAGAUAACAGAGAAGUUUGACGAGGAGUUCCGCAUCCUCUAUGCCCAGUCUCUGCCUAUAAACACUCGAGGACCUCCAAGUGUCCGAAACAGCGGCAUCUAUGAGCACCUCCUCAUCAAACACUCAGUCACCUCCUCCCCUCACUUGGCCAGAGAGAGGUCUGUGGAGCCAGCAUGUCUGACCAGCACGCCCAGCCGCAAGCGUGAACCUUCAGCUCCAGAUCAUUGUAAAAGCAGCCCAGUGUCUGACUCCUCCACCAUAGGUGAGGACUGGGCGGAGCAGCAGCACAUGCAGGAGGAGAUCUUGGCUGGUAGCACGACUCAGCGUUUCCCUGCAGAGCAGCUGCCAGAGAAAGAACAAGUGACCCCCAGCACUGACUCCUGCCACGCCACCACUCAGACCGACAGCUCAGUGAGGGACAGUGACACCCAGACUGACCUGCAGCUCGCACAACACCCCAGCCUCAUCACACAGACAGCCACAGGACCAAACCAGGCCACCUCUCCCUUCUUUACGUCGUCCAGGCAGAUCUUGCCCACCCAGGCAGCUCCAGAUGGCACCUUAAAGGACUGUUUCCACAAGCUGACCAAAGAACGCCAGCACCACUACUCCGCCAUCCGCUCCAAGCUGGAACACAUGGUGACCACCCUGUCCCAGAGGCGGGAGCUAGCAGACGUCACCAACAUGACUCAGGGGCUUGGCGCUCACAGCGGGCAGAGGGCACACAGAGACAGGGAGCAGGACCCAAACCCCAGACUGCUUGUUGAAAGUGCGGGCAUGGGCACAUGGCCAAGAGCCAGAUGUGUACACUAGUUUGUCUUUGGGGAUUUCAGUGAUGGAGGGUGGUGGGCAAAGAGCUGUUGAGAGCUUUCUAGUGGAUCUUCUGUUUCAGAUAAAUGCUUUUGGCUUUUGCAGUAGAAUUUUUUCUUUUCUCUUUCGGUCUUCUUUUCUGCAGUGCCCACUUCUGUCCUCUUCAUGCUGGGCCCUGUCCAUGUGGAAGCAAAUUCUGGUGAAAUGGUUAUACCUGAUUGUAAUUGACACUAAUGUCUUUCAAAUAAGAAUUCUGACCAAAGACAUGGUUUAGUGCUGUGGAAGUUAAGACUGGAUGAUAUCUGCUGUAGUAUGAGUGAAAAUGCACUGAAGUGCUGUUUUGCUUAUUUAAAUCACAUUUGGCUGCUGUAACUGCAUCUGAUCAUCAUUCCAGAGAGCAACUGGCUCACACUGUGCCUUGCUAAUAAAUAAAGUAGUAUUUUGCUA